GAUCAUCCUUACCACUCGUAAGGUACCACUCUCAGCUCCAGAGAAGGAGAGCAGCAGCAAAGGCAGAAAAACACGACAGAUUCGAGGGGCGUUUCACGGCACACAUUGGCACAUCACAAAAUACCCCCUGUGCUGAUCACUGCACUCCUUAUCAUAGUUCUCUUUUUCUACUUCUAUAUUCUGGGGGGCCCAGCGCCACCCAGCCCCAGCUGUAUGGGACGUGCUUCAGCCUUUUCUCAUCAGUGCCACGCAGCAGGCCAUGGAAACCAAUGCUGAACUGAGAUCUGUGUUGCGCGGUCAUAAGACUGCAAACUGUGGGUUGUCUCGUGGCUCAUGUUGAAAUCCACACCCCUGAGCUGUGAUUCAGCACAUUCCCAGAGCAGCCCGGUUUCCUCCUGUCCGGUUGGGGGUGGAUUUCCCCUGGAGAAGCCAAUGAACAAAAGCUGGUGUAUUCCUGUCCCUGUUGGGAGGAAGCGCGUUGUGCCGCCGGCCCGGCUCUUCCUGCGGGAUGCUGGCGGAGCUCAUGGAGAGCUGCGGGCGGGAUGGAGGCAGGAGGCAGCAGGGCAGGAAUGCAGACGCCGUAGUUCUGGGCUGUGCUCCUUGGCUCUGCUCCAUGCCUCUGAAAUAACAGCUCUGCCUUGGUCUAGCUGCACACAGAAGCCAAGGCCGGCUGCCUGUUUCCUCCUUCAGCAAAUCUAAGGGAGCACUGGCUGCAGCGGUGUCUCAAUGGGGAAGCUGUUCUCCAAAGGCUGGCGCAAAAGAGACGCGCGUGUGGUCAUGCUGGGCCUCGACCUCGCUGGGAAAUCCACCAUCCUGUACCAGCUGAAGGGCGGCCAUGCUAUGGAGACGUGCCCAACCGUGGGCUUCAACGUGGAGGCCAUGCGGACGCCCUGCGGUGUGUCCUUCAACCUCUGGGAUGUUGGGGGACAGCCCAACCUCCGGGAGAGCUGGCACCACUACCUGGAGGACACCAACAUCCUGGUCUUUGUGCUGGACAGCGCAGACACGGCUCGGCUGCCCGAAGCAUUGGCGGUGCUGGAGGAGACCCUGAGCCACCCUGGUCUGGCUGAGGUCCCCGUCCUCCUCCUGGCCAACAAGCAGGAGCUGCCAGGGGCCAUGGCGCCCGCCGAGCUGGGGCAACAACUGUGCAAGGGACGGCUGGCAGGGCACCCGUGGAUGCUGCGGGGCUGCAGCGCCCACACUGGGCAGGGCUUGCAGGAUAUCCUGGGGGUGCUCGGGGAGUUGCUCCGGGGUGUGAGGAAGGGAUCCCUGCCCCCAGAGCAGCCCCUCAGCUGAACUACAGGAUUCUGCUUUGCUUAUGAGGGAUGGAUGGGUUUCAUUUUCCUCCCAGCUCCACACUACUAUCCUGGUGGAGCAGGACUUGCAGCAGCUGUAAGAUGUCACCUACGCGUAUGAUCUUCAGGCCAUGGAAAUCAAUCAGGAUUAGUGCUGAUGGACAAUGUGUGUGUAUUAAUUCCUUGUUCCCUGAGGGUUGGAACCAGAUGAUUUUAAGGACCUUUCCAACCAAAGACAUUCUGCAAUUCUUUCUUAGUUCAUUCUUUUCUUUCCUUCCAUUAUUUCUAGUGAAUGCUGUUUUCCCCUUGGAUUACAUUUAAAUAUAAGGAAAUUAAAUUUGGACUUCUGAGUGUUUGGAAAUGGCUGCAUGGCAA